AUUGGAACCCAUCAGUUGCACUUUACAUGCCAGAUUUGCAGUAAGCAAGAUGAUGUGCCCCCUUUCUUCCAGGACCACUUCAAGUACACGUACCCGCCUCUUCCGGACGAUGACUUCCAAACCCCGCUGUGCGAGAACGGGCCGAUGGCGGGCGAGGACGACGCCGAGAGCAAAGAGGGUGAAAUGGAGAGCCGAGACGCCCUCGAGUCCAGCUUCAACUCCGAGAUCGUGGCAAAGCCCAAAAAGGUGAAUUUUCUAGAAGAAAGCUUAAGGUCGGAGGACGGUGAAAGAGACACAAACGUGAGAGUGAAAGGAGUCAGGAAGCCGCUCACCACCUUCAAAGGUCUUCUGCUAGAUGUUAGUCCUUCUGAGGAGCUCAGCUUUGGUUCCGGUGAGAACGAGAAGAAAUGCCUUAUUAUUCUGAGCAACGUCACCAAAAAUCAGGUGGCUUUUAAGGUUCGCACCACGGCGCCCGAGAAGUACCGGGUGAAGCCCAGCAGCAGCAGCUGUGAACCGGGGGCCUCGGUGGACAUAGUGGUGUCCUUGCAUGGAGGUUCCCAGGCCUCGCCACAAGAUAGAUUUUUGAUCAUGGCUGCAGAAAUGGAAAACACUGGAUCACAAGAACUCACUCAAUUCUGGAAGGAUGUCCAAAAAAACAAAAUCAUGGAGCACCGAUUGCGUUGUCAUGUUCUGGACAGUGUUAAGUCGGCAGCCGUCCCUCAUAGGGACAGCCUGGGGGAGACAUCGACCAACGGGCAGCAGGAGUUGAGCACGACGCUUAUGCGAGUGAUGGCCUGCAACUCUCGACUGGAGCAGAAAAUGAACUCGUGUCUGUGGGUGCAGAAGGUUCUCACUGGGCUGGUGCUGGUCCUGCUAGCGCUGAACCUGCUGUGCCUCUACCUGCUGGGUACGGCUCAGCGGCCGAGCUGACCUGCCGCCGGCACCUCCACCUGCGUCUGUCAGCCCUCCGGGAGGCGCUGACGGCUCCGGCCGGGCCACAGUUGACCGCGUGAUGGGACGCCGGUCCUCUGCUCCACCCGCCCAGGCCCCACUGGCCGCCGUCCUGAAGAGCAGCGGAGCUGACUAUCGAGACGUGUCGGUCCAUGCGGAGCUAAGAGAUUACACAUGCUAGGUUAAUGUGUAAUGGAUUGAUAGGUUCUGUUGUGGCUGAUCAUGAAAACAUAAUUUAAAUUAAUAACAUUUAUUAGAAUUUGUUUGAAAGAUUAGUCAUAAUAAGGUAUAUGUAGAGAUACAUAUAUAUAUAUAUAUAUAUAUAUAU